GCCGUCCUCUCGCGUCGCUCCCACGCGCUCAUAAAUUGCAAACACCUCUCAGCGUCUCCGCCACUCCUUUCCUCUUCGGAUCGGGCAGUGCUCCGUGUUGUGUCCCAGGAAAAAAAGGUUCCUUUUUCGCGUUGCCUUUAUUGUGGAAAGGCCGCUCCUUUUGGAGAUUCGCGCGUGCUUCUCGUCGAGAUUAGUCGACCUGUGUUCGGAUCGUGCAGUUCGGUUUUAGAGAAAAAACAUUGGAGGUUAAGAAGAGGUCGGAUCGGGAGUUCUUGGCGUCCCGGUGCGGAAAGGCGAGAUAUUUCGGAGGCUUUCGUGUUGCCACGCACGGUGGGGAGGGACCGGUUGUUGAGCGGAUUGGAGGCGGAGAUGGUGGCCGGAGCGGAGGUGAUGCAUCAGGUCGUGCCGCUGCUGGAGGCGCCGUUCCACCGGUGCGCCGUCAAGAGCGUCGAGGUCAUCGAGGAGGCGGUCGGGGUGACCCCCACGCCUCCGUCGCCGAAGGCGUUGGCUGAGGUCGCCGUCGAGGUACCCGAUCUGGCGUUCAAGAGACCUUCUAAUGCUGGGAGUAGUGUAUCUGCCGAGCCACUGCAGUUUGUCCCCAGCAUUCGAUCUGGUAGCUUUGCUAAUAUUGGACCUAGGCGGUACAUGGAAGAUGAACAUAUCCAAAUUGAUGAUCUUUCUGGUCAUCUUGGCUCACUGUUGAUGUGCUCUGUGCCUAGUGCCUUCUAUGGGGUGUUUGACGGGCAUGGGGGUUCAGAUGCAGCAGCCUACAUGAAAAAGCAUGCAAUGAGGUUGUUCUUUGAAGAUGCUGAAUUCGCACAAGCAUCACAAGAAGAUGAAACGUUUGCCGAAUGUGUUGAGGAUUCAGUCCGCAAAGCUUUCUUGCGGGCUGACCUUGCUCUGGCUGAUGAUUCGAUCAUCAACCGUUCUGCUGGAACCACAGCGCUGACAGCAUUGGUCCUCGGGAGGCAGCUGUUGGUUGCGAAUGCCGGGGAUUGCCGUGCAGUCCUGUGUAGGAAAGGCGUAGCAGUGGAGAUGUCUCGGGAUCACAGGCCAACAUAUGAUGCAGAGCGUCAAAGGGUCAUCGAGUCUGGUGGGUAUAUCGAAGAUGGCUACCUCAAUGGAGUACUCUCUGUGACACGGGCUCUAGGGGAUUGGGACAUGAAAAUGCCUCAAGGCUCGGCCUCACCUCUUAUUGCCGAACCAGAGAUCCGCUGGACCACCCUCACUGAGGACGACGAGUUUCUCAUCAUAGGCUGUGACGGGAUAUGGGACGUGAUGACCAGCCAGCAUGCUGUCAGUACCGUCCGCAAGGGGCUCCGGUGGCACGAUGACCCCGAGAGGUGCGCGAGGGAGCUUGCCAUGGAGGCGAAGAGGCUCGAAACCUUUGACAACCUGACAGUAAUCGUUGUCUGCUUUGUGUCUGAGCUUGGUGGGAGUUCGGCAUCACCUUCAGAGCAGGCGCCAGCUGGGAGGAUAAGAUGUUGCAAGAGCUUGUCUCCGGAGGCCCUUUGCAACCUGAGGAGAUGGCUGGAAUCUGACCACUAGAUGCUGUAGAGGCCUGCGUCAUGGCUGUAAAUAUCGCUGAUGUUCCAUCUAGUACGGCUGUGUUUACGCAGCCAGCAAUUUUGUAGUGAGUUUCUGGCCUCGGCUAGCUUCUUUGUUUACACCAUUUUGGCUGCACAUACCAUUGUUUCGUGCUUUUGCUCGGCUCGCCAGAGAGGAUUUAUUUUGGUAACUAGUUUGCAGCCCAGUUACUUGA